UGCGUUUGUAAAACCUGAAUUUUAUGGUAAAAUUUUCUCUGUUGUAGAUAUUAUUGUUCGGUUCAUGUUGAUAGUUUCAGGAAUCGACUUGGGGAUCCUUCGCCGGAUCCUUGGCCAUGACUGCUGAAGGUCCCGGAGAACGACAUAUUAGCGGACAAUCAUCAUGAGAGUGUUUGUUUGUCAAUGAAUGAGAAUCCUAAAAACCUAUGACAGUGAAUCUUUCCCUUGAUACCCACAUCGCAUGUCCUCAAUUCCCAUUCACCAAAAGGUAGUCGUGUGCAGGAAUAGUCGUCAUCGGGCUCGACUUUUCCCUUGUAAUCAAUCUCCUGUUAAACCGAAUGUUGCCCUGAUGAACAUUACAAGUCUUGACCGUAGUUUGGUAGCAAAUACAUGCCACCACCGGUACACAGUACCCACGAAAGACAUGUCAAACGUCAGUUUCUGGCGCCCAAAGCGACGGAAGUCACAGGCCCGAUCGCUACUGACAGAAUUCCAGCGAGUGAGCGGACAUUUUUCUCGAAAGCUUCACGGUUGCUUCUGAUACUGGACAUGAUUGCGCCCGUGCCAGCCGGAACGGCCGAUCGUCCUUGCUGAGAUUCGUUGAAGCCUUCCCAGAUUUAUUGGUUUUGCUUCUCUUCUCUUUCUGUGAUUGACGCUCUGAAGGGCGUCGGAACUGUGGAUGUGCGUGGUGUCCACACUGUCAUCGUGGAAUCUAUGAAGUCUGGGCCCACAAGGAUUCUGCUGCAAUACUCGGAUCUUCGAGCGAGCUAGCGAACGAGUGAGUUCGAGGUCUAAUUUGCACUGAUGAACGUGGCGACUGCUGGCCCCAGGCAAUUAAACUACAAUUCUCCCAGUUGGCGAACUGUGAAGAUUCUGAACAGAUGUCUCAGUCAUCCCCGUUUCAGUCCACGACAAACAUUAGGAGUCGAGGACGGACACAGAGCUCGCCCUUCUCUUGAGCACGUGAACAUGAUCUCCGACAUCGAGAGCUCGGUCUGUGACCACCGUGAGGGACGCUUGAACUGCGUCAGACGAACUGUGGCAUACGCACGAGCCACUUCGUCGACCGUUCUUCAGCCUCUCCUCGUCGAUGGCAGUAGACGAGAAGAAGAGCCGAAGCUUUGUGUCCAUCGUGGCGGUGAAAGUCCAGGGCGUGACCGAACCCCCUGAACUGCUGAACAUGCGCAUACAUAUGCACAUCAUUCGCUGUCAUCUUCGUGCUCCUCGAUUCUUCGAGCCCCAAGGGAGGUAGGUCGUCGCCCUUUCACAGCCCCGGUCGCAUCGAAACAGAGGACCUGUCUCUCCAAUAAACCAAAAGAUACACGUCGAGAAAUCCUUCUGAAUCCCUCUGGCUCUGAACAAUUCGUGGGGAUCAGCAGAAGCAGCACUACCAGCAGCCAGUUCGUCCCAAUAAGAAGGUCUCUCUCCUCCGUCUUCCUCAGCAUCAAUCAUUCAACCAUUCCUCUCUUCCGCUCGAUAGUUCUACAUCUUCUGCGCCGGAAGAGCAAUCUCGGACCUCGAAGUACAACCUCUUUCCACCCUCGCUCGAGAGUCGGCGAAUCAGUGAACGAAUCGAUCGAUCGAUCGAAGGAAGGGCGAGAGAGAAGAGAAGAUGUCGACGGACGUGGGAUUCAGCGGAGACGAGACGGCGCCGUUCUUCGGCUUCAUCGGGGCAUCGGCGGCGCUCGUGUUCUCAUGCAUGGGGGCGGCGUACGGGACGGCUAAGAGCGGGGUCGGAGUGGCGAGCAUGGGAGUCAUGAGGCCGGAGCUAGUGAUGAAGUCCAUCGUGCCCGUGGUCAUGGCCGGAGUGCUGGGAAUUUACGGGCUCAUCAUCGCUGUCAUCAUCAGCACGGGCAUCAACCCCAAGGCCAAGCCCUACUACCUCUUCGACGGAUACGCGCAUCUCUCGUCCGGUCUGGCCUGUGGACUGGCAGGGCUCUCGGCCGGCAUGGCCAUCGGCAUCGUCGGAGACGCUGGAGUGAGGGCUAACGCCCAGCAGCCCAAGCUCUUCGUCGGAAUGAUCCUCAUCCUCAUCUUCGCCGAGGCGCUCGCUCUCUACGGCCUCAUCGUCGGUAUCAUCCUCUCGUCCCGUGCCGGCCAGUCCAGGGGCGAGUAGGAACCUUUCCUCGCGCGCGUCUAUUUUUUGACCGGGGUUUCUCGUCCGGCCGCCGCCUUCUUCUUCUUCUGUGAAAAGCGCGCGGGGCAGACCGUGACUUUUGUGUCUCGGUUUAUUUGAUCAUUUGUAGAUCUGAGGAAAAAACCAUCAACUUCCAGCCACAUGUGUCGACCCUCUCUUGUUGUGCAAAAAUAAAGCUCGGAGUCCUUUCUCGAUCGGUGAGCAUCGCUUGAGUGCGUGCGGAAUCGGAUGAGUUUCAGGAUGCUUGAUAGAAUGAUAAAUGUAUCGUCGUCUGCUGAAUCUUUUGCGCGAGGUGCACGUGAUUAGGGGCUAGCUUUCGUUACUUAGCUUUCGGUUCGCGAUCACUCAAGAUUGUAGAUCCGAUAUUGCAGUGUCACUGCGCACAGAGCAUCGAUUGUAGAGUCUAUUCAUCAUAUGUAUGGAUGAAGAAGAAGAGAUCCAACGAGAUUCGUUGGACUCAUUGGAGAAUUGCUUCAAGUCUAUGGGAUCUCCAGCAUGCUUCAAAUAUUACGUGGAGAAACAGAGAGUUGACACUCACGAAGAUGAUUGAACGGAGUGAUGGUCUCACGAGUCCGGGUCAGCAAUGACGAAGGAUUGAAUGUGUAUGUUAGUAGCCAGUGC